AUGGCCACUUCAUAUAACACAUUUCUAGUGAAUUGCACCUUUCAGAAAAGACCCUCCUAUCUCUCGGACAAUUCUCCACACCACAAAGCUCUACUCUCAUCUGUUUUUAAGCCAAUCAUGAGAGCUCUGCCUGAAGUCCCUUUGCAAAUUGAUGUGCCCAAAACCAUGACAAAUACUGCGUCUAAAUUACUUAACGCUUUUGUGGAUUCAUUCUUUGAAUUCAUUGACCAGCCAUUGCUUCCAUCUGAGAGUAACUUUGCUCCGGUGGAGGAGUUGGGUGAAGCCAUACAUAUAACAAGCAUCCGAGGACAAAUUCCUGAUGAUUUUCCAGAGGGUGUCUACAUUAGAAAUGGACCAAAUCCACUUUUUCGAGGUCUGAAAUCAACAAAUUCUAUCUUUGGGAGAUCAAAUCACAUUUGGGUGGAAGGAGAGGGAAUGCUUCAUGCAUUGUAUUUUAAAAAGUCAGGUCAUGGGAGUUGGACGGUCCUCUACAACAAUAGGCAUGUUGAAACCGAAACAUACAAGCUUGAAAAACGAAGUAACAAACCAUUGUUUCUACCAGCCAUAGAAGGCGAUUCACUGGCCAUUUUGUCUGCUCAUCUGCUUAACUGGUUGAGAUUUGGCGAAGUAAACAAAUACAUUAGCAACACAAAUGUCUUUGAGCAUUCAGGGAAGUUUUACUCGGCUGCUGAAAGUCACAUCCCACAGGAGAUUGAUAUCUUUACUCUAAAAACUUUAAACAAUUGGGAUGUCAGUGGAGCCUGGAAUCGACCUUUUACCAGCCAUCCAAAGAAAGCUCCAAGUACAGGGGAGCUAGUUACAAUAGGGGUGGAACCAACUAAACCUUUUUCUGUAGUUGGAAUUAUUUCUGCUGAUGGAAAGAAAUUGGUUCAUAAAGUUGAUCUCAAACUAAACAGGUGCAGUCUUUGCCACGACAUUGGAGUUACAGAGAGUUACAAUGUGAUCAUGGAUUUUCCAGUAACCAUUGAUCUAAACAGACUUCUUAGAGGAGGCCCAUUAAUAAAGUAUAAUAAGGAGGAAUACGCAAGGAUUGGGGUAAUGCCACGCUAUGGUGAUGCCAAUUCACUCAAAUGGUUUGAGGUGGAACCUAAUUGCACCUUUCACAUUAUCAAUUCUUUUGAGGAUGGUGACGAGGUUGUAGUGAGGGGCUGCAGGUCUCUUGAUUCGUCAAUUCCUGGACCUGACCCGAGUUCUAAUGAAUUUGAGUGGUUAUCUCAUUGUUAUGAAUGGCGAUUGAAUAUGCAAACUGGGGAAGUUAAGGAGAAAGAUCUCUGUGGAGCCGAAGUGGUUUAUAUGGAUUUUCCUAUGAUCAAUGAAAACUUCAGAGGUAUUACGAAUAGAUAUGCAUACACACAAGUAGUUGAUCCCAUUGCAAGUUCUACUCGAGACGUGCCAAAAUAUGGAGGCUUAGCGAAGCUCUACUUUGAAGAAUCACGUGCAGAGUUCUCUAUGACAGACAAAAAGCAACCUGAAGAGUCUAUGAGGGUGGAAUACCAUAUGUUUGAGAAGAAUACAUUUUGCAGUGGGGCUGCAUUUGUCCCCAAAGAUGGGGGUCUUGAAGAAGAUGAUGGUUGGAUCAUCACUUUUGUUCACAAUGAAGAUACUAACAUAUCUGAAGUUCAUAUAAUCGACACAAAGAAGUUCUCUGGUGAGACGGUUGCUAAAAUUAUAAUGCCUCGCAGAGUUCCAUAUGGAUUUCAUGGAGCUUUCAUGCCAAUCUCAUUUCAGACUCAGUAG